AGACUAGAGGUGUAAGUACAGUAGCAUUCCAUGUAGAGCAGGAGAAAUCCUCAGGCAUGUUCAUCUCGUAGUGUCCAUCACGCACUUUCCAUGAACCAGUGUCAUGUGGUGCACUAGAUGCCAUUGCUGCCGCCGCUUUGGCGUUUCCUGUUUUUCUGUUGCCUCCCCUCCACUCUCCCACCCCUAAGGGCUCUGGCGGAAGUGAGGGCGCUGCUGCUGCUACUGCUCUGUACACUGGAGAGCCAGGGAAGGCGGCUAGAAGACUGAUUGCACGAGAGACAGCUUUACUAUAGGGCGGAACCACCCCCUCCGCUCGCAAGAGCCACGAGUAGCAGCAGCUUUAGGAGAUACAUUGUACUGACAGUAUGUGAAGGAGCGUGGGCAGGGAAGCGCGACAAGGGAGCGCACUGAGGAGCAUGGGGGGCUGCUCUCUGCACUUACGGCUCCCCGGGGCAUCAGCUUGCAGUAGUUACUACCUCAUGUGAAAACACGCACCCCCGUGGACUGGGAUUUGGACUGCCCGUGCAAGUGAGAGCGCCAGCUUCCUAUGGACUGGAGUGUGAGCGAGUACACUGUGCGGGGGGUGUGACAGGGGAACUUGGGUGCACAGGAUCCGCGCUUCGGAGCGAUAUGAUGAUAAAGCGGAGAAGUGCAGGGUGGCAGCCGGGCUCACACAUUGACUAGUAGUACACUGGCACGCGGGGCAGUUCACCGAGUAUACACAGCCGCCGCCACUUUACCAGCAUUACUCCAGCAUAACUCCAGAAUUACUCCAGCAUUACUCCAACCUGUCACCAUAAGCCCCGAGCCCAGACGCGCCUCAGAGGCAGGUAACCCAGCCUUGGUCGGGCCAAUACAAAGAGCACGGAGCGGCAGGACAGGGAAGGGGGUGUGUAGCCCAGCAUUGUGGCACAGUGAGCUCGUACUGUUCAUGUAGCGUCCGUAGGCGGCUGCCAGAGAGGAAGGCAAUGUCGGCGGACUCCCCAUUGGCGCACCAUUAGCUCGCGCAGUUGUUCUGUCACUGCCUCUCUAUGUAAAUGGCUUCAUUCCCGGAGUCCGAUUUCCAGCUGUGCCCCCUGUGUAAGGAGAUGUGCGUGUCCUCUGCCCCCAUCUCCUCCUCCAGCUCUUCCUCAUCCUCCUCCCAGGUGUCCAGCAGCAGCAGUAGCGCCGGCAGCGCAGGAGGAGGCGGUGGCACCGGUUUGGCCUCAGCUCCCCCCCGUAGGUUGCACGUCCUGCCGUGUCUGCACGCCUUUUGUCGCCAGUGCCUGGAGGGGCGCCGGACCCCCGGGGAGUCUCUCCAGCUGCGCUGUCCGGUGUGUGACCACAAGGUGCUCAUGUCCGAGGCCGGAAUGGACGCGCUGCCCUCCUCUACCUUCCUGCACCUCAGUAACCUGCUGGACGCGGUGGUGGGCGCAGCCGACGAGCAGCAGAGUAACGGCGGCCGGGCAGCUUCGAACAGACAGCGCUCAGCUUCAUGUUCUUCCUCCGGCCUCCUCCGCAGGGCGCCCCCCAGUAAAUCGGAACCGCGCUGCUCCUCUUGUGACGAGGGUAACGGGGCCAGCUCGCACUGUUUGGACUGCCAGGAAAACUUGUGCGACAACUGCCUGCGGGCCCACCAGCGCGUCCGACUUACCAAGGACCACUUCAUAGAGCGCUUCCCCGCCUCCCCCUGCAGCUCCGCGGCAUCCAGCGCCGCCACUACCUCGUCCUCUUCCAGCUCGGCCUUCUCCCUCUUGCCUGUCUACCCGGAGAGGCUCUACUGCCAGCAGCACGAUGAGGAGAUUUACAAAUAUGGAAUGCGCAAGAGAGUGUAUACCCUGGCGGAUCUGGUGAGGAUUAAGAAUUGGGUCCUGCAUUUCUACUGUGACUCCUGCUCUGUUCCUAUAUGUCGUGAAUGCACUAUGGGCCGUCAUGCUGGGCACAGCUUUGUCUACCUCCAGGAAGCUCUUCAGGACUCAAGGGCACUAACUAUUCAGCUUCUGGCUGAUGCCCAACAAGGCCGUCAAGCAAUUCAGCUGAGUCUAGAGCAGGCUCAAGCAUUGGCAGAACAAGUUGAGAUGAAAGCCAAAGUGGUGCAGUCCGAGAUCAAAGCAGUCACCUCUAGACACAAGAAGGCACUGGAAGAAAGAGAAUGUGAGCUACUCUGGAAGGUUGAAAAGAUACGUCAGGUGAAAGCAAAAUCUCUUUAUCACCAAGUUGAAAAACUCCACCAGGCCCUUAAUAAGCUGGACAGCACAAUUAAUGCAGUGCAGCAAGUCUUGGAGGAAGGCUGUACUAUGGAUAUCCUCAUAGCUCGUGAUCGUGUUUUGGCUCAGGUGCAGGAUGUAAAGAAUGCUAGAGGCCUUCUACAACUUCAAGAAGAUGACAGGAUUAUGUUUACUCCUCCUGACCAAGCCUUGUUCCUUGCCAUCAAAUCUAUGGGUCUUGUCAGCAGUGGAGCUUUUGCAGCUUUGACUAAAGCCACUGGAGAAGGACUUAAACGUGCCCUACAGGGAAAAGUUGCAUCAUUCACUGUUAUAGGAUAUGACCAUGAUGGAGAGGCCCGCCUUUCAGGUGGGGACCUCAUAACAGUGUUGGUGAUGGGUCCAGAUGGGAAUCUCUUUGCUGCUGAGGUCAGUGAUCAGCUGAAUGGUACCUACUUAGUGAGUUACAGGCCUCAACUGGAAGGGGAGCACCUUAUUUCAGUCAUGGUUUGCAACCAACACAUAGAAAACAGUCCUUUUAAAGUCAAUGUAAAAUCAGGACGUUGCUACCUGGGUAUUGGACUUCCCACCCUCUCUUUUGGUGGGGAGGGUGAUCAUGAUGGAAAACUUUGCCGCCCCUGGGGAGUUUGUGUUGACAGGGAAGGUUACAUAGUUGUAGCCGAUAGGAGCAACAACCGUGUCCAAAUCUUCAAGCCAUGUGGAACCUUCCAUCACAAAUUUGGCAGCCUUGGCUCUAGACCUGGACAGUUUGAUCGACCUGCUGGGGUAGCUUGUGACAGUUCACGUAGGAUUGUUGUGGCAGACAAAGACAACCACCGUGUUCAGAUAUUUACCUUUGAAGGGCAGUUCUUACUUAAGUUUGGUGAAAAGGGGACCAAGAAUGGCCAGUUCAACUACCCUUGGGAUGUGGCAGUUAAUGCUGAGGGAAAGAUCCUAGUUUCAGACACUCGAAACCACCGUGUCCAGCUGUUUGGUCCUGAUGGGACAUUCCUUAACAAGUAUGGCUUUGAAGGUGCACUCUGGAAGCACUUUGACUCUCCCCGAGGUGUAGCAUUUAGCCAGGAUGGCUAUCUUGUUGUGACGGACUUUAAUAAUCAUCGGUUAUUAAUAAUUAAGCCAGACUGUCAGUCAGCACAUUUCUUGGGCACAGAGGGCACAGGCAAUGGGCAGUUUUUGCGGCCGCAGGGUGUAGCAGUUGACCAGGAAGGCCGCAUCAUUGUGGCAGACUCCAGAAAUCACAGAGUACAGAUAUUUGAGCCGAAUGGCAGCUUCCUGUGCAAGUUUGGAACUCAAGGAAGUGGCUUUGGUCAAUUGGAUCGCCCAUCUGGUAUAGCUGUAACUCCUGAUGGCACAAUUGUUGUGGUGGAUUUUGGUAAUAACCGCAUUUUAGCCUUUUGAUCUGUUUUCAACGCAAAACUGUCUCAGGGAAACCCAUUCAAACAAAUAUUUUAAUUGUACCACAUUGCUGAGCACCUACCUCAUACUUUUGUCUAGCAAACACAUAUACUGUUACCUACAGAAAGAUACAGCCUGUGAAGAGUAAAACAAAUUCAGGAAAUAUCUACCUCAAAACCUCUUGGAAGGAGGGGUGUUAAUUAUCCUGUUUUAUUUCUCUGGAACUGCACAACGUAUUAAGUUCAUACCUCAAAUUCAAAGAAAAAAGGAUACGUUCUGGAACUGCACCUGCUUAGAGAUUGCGAAAAAAUCUCUUGUGAAAAAGCCAAAAGGGCUAUAAACUACAAAGAAAAGUACUGGGAAUUGCUUGUUUAAAACAAAUGUGCCCUCUAUAACCAAAUUGUUGGAUUUCUCCUUAACCUGUGCUGCUGCAACAGAGGGCGCCUUGUGUAUUUCCAAUACCUCCGUGUGUUUUAAAACAAAGAUACCUCGGCAUGCAUAUUUUAUAAGUAUUUUUUUUUCUUCUUCUAGAAUUUCAAAUACCUCAGUAGUUGAAGCUGUAAUUCUUUUAUGUUUAUUUGCUGUUAAAGCACAGUAACAUGUUGCUCGACAAAUUUCAGAUGUUAGUCACUUGUUUUCCUCUCAUGUCUAUAUUCAUUUUACAAAUUCCAUCCAGUACUAGACAUGUUUGUUAGCAUCCCAGGAUGGUUUUUACUUGUUUCACUGGAA